AUGGAGGGUGUGGAUACCCUGCAGAGCUCCACCCUAGAGACCAAAGCCGACCGGAUCGCCCGCUACAAAGCGGAGCGGAGGAAGGCGCUGGCCGAGCGCUAUGGCAACAUGGAGGACUGCACGCCCAAAUACACCCGCCGGGAACGGAAGGCACCCGAGCCGUCAGAGAUACACUUCUCGAUGGGCAAGGACGCGGAGAAGCUGGAGAUCAGCGAAUCGGAGCAGAGCUACAGCAGGAGCGCCCACCGGGGCAAAGCGACGGAGCCGGUGGAUCAGGGAAGCAGUGGAUCCUCCGAGGACACAGGGGGAAGCACUGAGGGGAAACCUGAAGGGCAUUUAAGCUGUCAAUCGGAGACUACCAAGAGCAUCAGGAUUUCAUCUCAUAGCAGGUCUCGUCUGAGGAAGGAGAGCCAGGACCAGCCGGAGAGCACGGCAGAAGCAAAGGGGAGUGAUGAGCCAAGAAGCGUGGCCACUGCCGACGAAGAGAAGCGCCAGGACUCUGGCCCCCGCGGCAUCCGGGGCAUCCUGAAGAAGAGCCGCUCCACCAGCCUGGAGUCUGACCUCGGGGACGCCACUGUCGCCACCGCAGAGGAUGUGGAAGAGGAGGAGGUGGAGCAGGAGGAUGUGGAGGAUGUGGAGGAGGAGGAGGAUGAGACAUUGAACGAGGAAGGCAUUGAUCGAGGAAGUGGUGGCAGUGUUAGGGUGGAGGAGGAGGAGAGCAGCUACAGUGGAGGGAGUGUAGAGGAGGAGGAGGAGGUGGGGAGCGCCUCUCUGGACGAGAGCUUCGAGGAGAAGACGCCGUCUGCGUCGGAGGACGGCGAGGAGCUGGACAGCAGCCUUGACGGGAGUCAGGGGUCCGCGCUCAAGCAGAGGCUGGCCGAGUUCAGCGGGGGGGUGGAGGGCCAGCUUGGGGGCCGGCUGAAGAAGACCCAGUCCCCGGAGGUCCAGAAGUCCCUGGCCGCCCGCUUCAACCAGCUCAACGACGCAGAGAACGCCUGGAGGAAGAAGAAGUCGAGUGCGGACGUGGAGACCAAGGUGUCCCUGGCGGACCGGAUGAAGGUCCUGCAGGAGAAGGAGGAGCAGUGGAAGAGCCGGGGGAAGGGCGCCGCCAACGACUCGCGGCAGUUCACCGUGGCCGGACGCAUGGCCAAGAAAGGGCUAGUGUCCAAGGACGACUCUCCACGCAUCCAGCCAAAGAAGGCCACUGCAACCCCAGUCAAGCCACAAGAAGACAUCUCCACCAGAACCGGUGCCAAGGUAGAGGGGGAUAAACGCCUGGAUAAGCUGGAAUCCUUCUUGGACAAACUCCACAAUAAAGGCGGGGGUCACGGCAAGGCGUCCACCAUCGAGGUCACGGCGGAGACGGAGAAGGAGGUCAUGACCCUGGACGACGAGGAGACCUUUGGCCGUUUCUACAAGACGGCGUCCUCGCUGGACUCCGGCGUGGUCGUGGCCGACAUCGACCUGAGCCUGAUCCAGAGCGACACGCCCAUACUGACCUCGGCCACGGCGGAGCACCGGCGGGCGAUGCGUCCGGCGCGGCGCACCAAGGGCUCCAGGAACCCCCUGCGGGCGCUGGCGGCCCGGGCCGACCUCCGACAGGGCUACACGGAGCAGAGGCUCAACGUGGCCUCGGUGGAGACUCGCAGGAUCCAGGUGGAGAGAAUGUCCAAGCACUCCAACCUGGCCGACGCGGCGCUGGCCGGCCUGGCCAGCAAGGAGAACUUCCGCAAGGUCAGCCUGCGCAGCGUCAAGUCCACCGAGGUGGUCACCAACAACAGCACCCUGCCCUUCCACAAGCUCAUGCUGAUCCGCAUCAAGGGCCGGAGACACGUGCAGGUGCGUCUGGUGGAGCCUGUGGCCAGCUCCCUGAACAGCGGCGACUGCUUCCUCCUCCUCACGGCCAAACACUGCUUCAUGUGGAGCGGGGAGUUCGCCAACGUCAUCGAGAAGGCCAAGACAUCGGAGAUGGCCUCCUUCGUCCAGGCCAAGAGGGACCUGGGCUGCAAGGCCCCCCAGGUGACCACGCUAGAGGAGGGCAUCAACACAGACAGCCGCACCGCCAAGGAGUUCUGGAGCCUGCUCGGGGGCAAGACCAAGUACAGAGGUGCAGGGGAGCCCGAGGAAGAUGAGGACUAUGAGAGCGGGGUCCUGGACUCUAACGGGGUCUACCGUCUCCACGGCGACAAGCUGGUACCCGACCAAGAUGCCUGGGCCUCCAUCCCUAGUGUCACCCUGCUGGACUCCAAAGAGGUGCUGGUGUUUGACUUCGGCAGCGAGGUGUACGUGUGGACCGGCAAGGACGUCCCGCUGGGCGAGCGCAAGGUGGCGGUGAAGCUGGGCAAGCAGCUGCACGCCGGCGCCUACGACUACACCACCUGCCGGGUCAACCCGCUGGACUCCUGCUCCCUCAACACCGACGUGGCUCUGCAGGGUAAGGGCCGCCCCAGCUGGUCUCUGUUCGGCCGGCUGUCGGAGCACAACGAGACGGCCCUGUUCAGGGAGAAGUUCCUGGACUGGGCCGAGCGGAAGAAGGAGGAGCCGGCCGCCGCCGAGGAGGUCAAGAGCCCAGUGGGCGGCGGCGGGCCCCGCUCACCCCUGGAGCUGCUGGAGCUCCAGCCGCUGGCCGCGGGCGCCCUGCUGGCCGGGGAGCCCGAGCCGCUGCGCUGCCCCCUGGAGGGCGUGGACGUGCGGCGCGGCCGCGGCAUGGUGCGCACGGAGGACGGCCGGCAGGCGGAGCUGGCCACGGUGGGCGUGGACGCCUGGCACAUCCGCGAGCACGGCGAGGAGGCGCUGGACGGGGAGGGGGAGGUCCCGGGCCAGCUGCACGAGGGCGACGCCUACGUGAUCCGCUGGAGGUACUCGGUCACCACCGUCGUGGGGAAACGGCAGAAGCCAGGAGAGCUUAGCUCCGGGGCGGCAGGCCGCGAGAGGUCUGCGUGUUUCUUCUGGCAGGGCCGGCAGUCGAGCGUCAGCGAGAAGGGGACGUCUGCGCUGAUGACGGUGGAGCUGGGCAGCCACCGGGGGGCGCAGGUGUUGGUGAGCCAGGGGAAGGAGCCCCCCUGUUUCCUGCAGCUGUUCCAGGGAGGCCUGGUCAUCCACAGAGGCUCCAGAGAGGAGGCCGCCUGCCACACAGGUGCGUGGCGUCUGUUCUGCGUUCGGGGCGAGGCGGAGGUGGAGGCGUCCCUGGUGGAGGUGGACUGCCGCUGCGCCAGCCUCCGCUCCAGGGCCAGCCUGGUGCUGCUGGGGGCCCACAGGGGCCGGCUGUACCUGUGGCACGGCUGCAAGGCCCAGCCGGGGGCCCGACUGGUGGCCGGCAGGGCGGUGGAGGAGCUGAACCAGCGGUGUGCCAAAGAGCUGGGCCUGACCAGUGGCAAUAAGGUGGAGGUGGAGGAGGUGGAGGAAGGGGCGGAGCCUGCAGAGUUCUGGAAGGCCCUGGGCCAGCAGGACAAGAAAGCCUACGACUGCAUGCUCCAAGACCCCGGGAAGUACAACUACACGCCCCGCCUCUUCUGGCUGGACGCCAGCUCAGGCCUGUUCCGGGGGGAGGAGCAGCUCAGCCCCACGCGCGUCCCGGAGGGCGUCAUGGCCAUGCCCUUCCUGCAGGAGAACCUCUACUCCGCCCAGCAGCCAGCCCUCUUCCUCCUGGACAACCGCAUGGAGGUGUACCUGUGGCAGGGCCGGAACCCCGACGACACCGCACUGGCCGGCUCCGCCAAGAUGCGCUGGGACAGCCAAAGGAAGUGCGCCAUGGAAACUGUGCUGCAGUACUGCAAAGAGAAGAACCCAAGGCGCCCCCCGCUGGCCUACCUGGUCAUGGCAGGCUGUGAACCCCUCACCUUCACCAACAUAUUCCCCUACUGGGAGAAAGACCCCUCCGUGGCUCCACCGGGGGAGGGUUCCAGGAGUAAGGUGGUGCUGGUGAAGGAGGUGCUCUCCAAGCUGAGUAAGGAGCAGUACUCCAUCGAGGAGCUGACCAGGAAGCCCCUCCCCGAGGGCGUGGACCCCCUCCGCCUGGAAGACUACCUCGCCGACCACGACUUCAAAGUGCUUCUAGAGAUGAGUCGGGUGGAGUUCAACGCCUUGCCCAGCUGGAAGCAGAGGAACCUGAAGAAGAACAAGGACCUGUUUUAAAAAGCUUCACAACUGAAACAACGUUACCCUUAUAUAUUUUUUGUAUUCCGUGGAAUGAUUUCAAACUCUCAUGUGAAACAAGCAAUGAGAUAAAAAAACGGAAUAAUGUAUAUUUGUGUUCAAAUGUUUUUUUUUAUGUUAUUUGCAUUUUUAAUUUUUUUAAGGUUGCAAUGAAACGGUUGCAUGCAAUUUGAUCGUUGAUGGCAAAGUCCACCCUCCCUCCCGAUAUAGAAAUCUAUAGAUAUAUAACCACACACAUACACACACGGAUACACACAAACACACACUAUAAAUAUGUAAUAUACAAUGUUUUGUCUUGUGCCAAUGUUAACCUUUCAAUGUUUCAAUAUGUGGGUGAAUGUAUGAAAUGAGCCCGUUGUUUAAAUGAUAUAUGCCAAACCUUUUGAGGGACUAUCCAACUCCAGAAAUGUACCUUAUCCCCCUAGCAUCCAUCUAGGAUCUGAAGACUGAUGGGGAAUCCCAAUGCCGAAGUUUACAUCCAAGAUGUAACCUGGAGGGCCGCUGGGUGAAUAAGGUCCAUGCACGGCUCAAUGCAGACAUAAUUGUAUAAUAUUCAUACAUUGCAAAUCAGAAUGAAGUGUAAAUCCCUGACAGUAAGGUGACAUGAACUAUUUCACCACAAAGCAAGUGUUUCAUAACGACUGCCUUUUUUUAUGUUGAAGUUAGCCAAUAACAAUUCAGCACCAAGCUAAAACAAUGCUAUUUGAGAAUAGUGUCAACUUGGAUUUCUAACCGAAUCCUUUCACCACUGUUCCGUUUAAGUUUAAGUCCCUGAAGUCAUAAUUAAGCCAACAGUCGGGAAUCUAACUCUCAGACAAUGGGAAAGAAAGCCCAGUGGUGAAUAGGCCUUUUAGGGUAAGUUUUCUUUGGUUCAAAUGAUUAGUAGGCUACACCUUGAAUACAAACCUUCACUAACUAGUAUUCACAGAGGGCAGAAAGCUCUACAUCUUAUCCCCUAACUGCAAUUAAAAACAUACUACAUAGAGGAUGUCUGAAGUUUGUAAUUUGAUCGCCAUUGCAACUCAUUGUGGAAUUGUCUGUGUGUGUUUGAGAGAGACAAAGAGAAAUCGUGUGCCAUAAACUGCUUUUAUAACAUCUUUAGUGCUCAAACUCUUUGUAGGGAAAUGCAUAUUCUAACAAUAUAAAAUAUAUUGUAAAUGGCAACUGUCUUGACUUAUUUCUCUACCAUUUCUAUACCAUAUAUCUCUGUACAAUAAUAUCUUGACUAAAGUCCUAGUCACUUUAUAUACAUGUUUUUAUAUAUAUAAACAUUGAGAUCUAUAUAUUUAAACCUGUGUAUAUAUAGUUUAUGUACAGAUAUUUCGUAGUCACUAUGUAUGUAUGCAUGUAUAUGUAUUUAUUUAUUAACAGAAGAGGUUGCUGUAGUCAUAGAUGAUACCAGACUGCAGUAAUGCAUGUCAGAAUAUGUAGCUAUAAGAUGACUAAAAGUGCAUUCCCGUUACAGCAUGUUAUUAACACCUUCCCCAUGUCUCCAAGACUUGGUUAGAUAUGUACAAGAUGUAUAUCACUGAACAAAUGAACUCCAUCAGAGACUGUUGGGAAGCAUUCCCAUUCCCUGAUUACAUUCAUGAUGAUAAAUCAUUUUCUUUGAGGAAACGUAUUUUAAUAUUUUUCUUUUUUGUAUUGCUAUUCAUUUUGAACUGGUGUAGAACCCAGUGGGAGAUUGAUGGGGCCGUGUGUCUGUCUGUUCAUCAAUUUAGAGUACUUUCUAUAGAUGGUAUUUUUCUUGUCAUGACUUAAACGUUCCGAAUAACACACCUAGCAAGCAAUCUACAUGCAUUUAGAAUGAUACUAUUCCAAUUAUGACGUCACAAUUAGUUCCUAAGCAAUAUCUUGUGUUGUGCAGAGAAAAUAUAUCAGUCGUUUGGACAUUGCGUGUAGUAGAGAGAGAGAGCAGCUUCGUUGAUAAAUAGAUAUUUGCAAAUCAACUUUUCGCCGUUGCUGUAGUGAAAACAUGGAAGGUGAGUUCCCAGCUCUGUGCAGAGCAGUAUAUUUUUGGUGUACCGCUGUGAACGCUUCGGGUCUUCCGAGAGCUCCGCGGCUCAAUACCGCCACCUUCAGUUCAGAGAAAGACGCACGUUCAAUUUCGAUACGAGUUGCAGUUGUAUGUAGAUUUGAAUUUAACCUUUAUUUAUAAUCGAGAGAUCAAUUGAGGGGUGACCCUCAUUUGCAAUGAUUUCGAGGUUUAUCGAAAGAAAAUAGUUCGUGUUUAAAAACGUGGCAUCAUUGCUGGAUGACAAAAUUAACUCCAUCAGAGAGACUGUU